UUUAACCCUAAUUCAAAACUAUGCUAUCCUCUCUGGAUUUCUUUGCUCACCACAAACGUACAGAGGACAAUGGGUGGAGGAGCAGGUACGCCGGAUUUGUUCUACAGAGAAGCUCAGCGUCUGGGCUAUGUUGCCCGCUCUGCCUUCAAGUUGCUGCAGAUGCAGAAGCAGUUCAAACUCAUAACCCCUGGUUCCUCCGUUCUUGAUCUAGGAUGUGCUCCUGGUGCUUGGCUUCAGGUGGCAUGCCAGAGUUUGGGUCCAUUGAAAUGUAGUGGCGCUAUUGUUGGGAUCGAUACAAAGAGCAGAAGGUGAAGGUUCCAGCAAUGCACUGUGAUUCAAGGGUUCAAACCGUUUGUGGCAAUGUUAUGGAAUUACCAAGGGAAAAAAUUAAGGAUCUUUCUCCUCAGAAAAAGGGGUUCUCUGUCAUACUUUCUGACAUGUGUCCACUAGUUUCUGGAAUAACAACGAGAGAUUCAGUUCUAUCUGCCGAACUGGGACACCGUGCACUUGAUCUGGCUGUUGGAGGAGACGCCUUUUCUUCCCCAUGCACGAAUCCUCAAGUGGACGGUGAAUUGAAUGACAUCGGGGAUAAUGGUAUAUUACAACUUGGAGGUCAUCUUGUCAUAAAGCUCUUGGAAAGUGAAGACACAAAGGGUAAUCACUUUUCAGUUUUCACUUUCAGUCCCAAGUAUCAAAUUAUUCAUUUUUUGGAAAAAUCAGGUUAUUCUCUUUUUCUAACCCCAUUUUUUUUAUUUUAACGACAUGACUGGUGGGUGUAUUUGCCAGUUUUGUUCCUUUUCGAUCGCUUGUCCUGUGGAUCUACUCUACGUCUCUACUAUUCCAAAAUGAAACAAAUAAGCCGGGACUAAAAAGUAUGAAUAACCCUAAAGGUUUUGGACCAAAAGCAGUUGUUUUACAUACUCUUCCAUAACUAAAUGACUCAGUGUUUUUUUGCUGCAUAGAAAUUUGUGAGAUAUGCAAACCUCUCUUUAGAAAGACAUCAUGGCUGAGGCCAAAAGCAACAAGGUCAUCUUCAAGAGAGAUAUAUCUGAUUUGCCAAGGUUUGCGCAGUAGUAGAGCCUCCUAAAUUCCUCAUCCUCAAUCUCAACUUCAAGUGAGUCUGAAUCCCAAAUGCUGGUGGCUUCUAAUUGAGGUUGGCCGCUAUAUUUUUUUUGUUUGUAUAAAGAAAUGCCAUUGAAAACCUCUGUAAACUUCUACUCUAUACUGUAAAAG